CUUCCGGCGGGCAACCGGAAGUGGGCCAGGUGCUGUGUAAUCGCCCUCGGGCUCCAAGGCCUCGACCAGGCCCCAAGAUGCCGGAUUAUCUGGGCGCCGAUCAGCGCAAAACCAAGGAGGAGGAGAAGGAGGACAAGCCCAUCCGCGCUUUGGAUGAAGGAGAUAUUGCCUUGCUGAAAACCUAUGGCCAGAGUACCUACUCAAGGCAGAUCAAGCAGGUGGAAGAUGACAUCCAGCAGCUCCUCAAGAAGAUCAAUGAGCUCACUGGUAUUAAGGAGUCAGAUACGGGCCUGGCCCCCCCGGCCCUCUGGGAUUUGGCCGCAGACAAGCAGACCCUACAGAGCGAGCAGCCCUUACAGGUCGCAAGGUGUACAAAGAUAAUCAACGCCGACUCCGAGGACCCAAAGUACAUCAUCAACGUGAAGCAGUUUGCCAAGUUUGUGGUGGACCUCAGCGACCAGGUGGCGCCUACUGACAUCGAAGAAGGAAUGAGAGUUGGGGUGGACAGAAACAAGUAUCAAAUUCAUAUUCCUCUGCCUCCCAAGAUUGACCCAACCGUUACUAUGAUGCAGGUGGAGGAAAAACCAGAUGUCACAUACAGUGAUGUCGGUGGUUGCAAGGAACAGAUUGAGAAACUGAGAGAAGUGGUUGAAACCCCUUUGCUUCAUCCCGAGAGGUUUGUUAACCUGGGGAUUGAACCCCCAAAAGGCGUGCUUCUCUUUGGUCCCCCGGGCACGGGCAAAACUCUCUGCGCUCGAGCUGUGGCAAACAGGACUGAUGCUUGCUUCAUCCGGGUUAUCGGAUCCGAACUUGUGCAGAAAUACGUGGGCGAGGGGGCCCGGAUGGUUCGCGAACUCUUUGAAAUGGCCCGAACCAAAAAGGCUUGCCUCAUAUUCUUCGAUGAAAUCGAUGCCAUCGGAGGAGCCCGUUUCGAUGAUGGGGCCGGGGGCGACAAUGAGGUGCAGCGUACCAUGCUGGAACUGAUCAACCAGCUGGACGGAUUUGAUCCCCGUGGCAACAUUAAAGUCCUCAUGGCCACCAACAGACCCGAUACCCUGGACCCAGCCCUGAUGAGGCCAGGGAGGCUGGAUAGGAAGAUUGAAUUCAGCUUGCCCGAUCUCGAGGGUCGGACUCACAUCUUCAAGAUCCACGCCCGCUCAAUGAGCGUCGAGAGGGACAUAAGGUUUGAGCUGUUGGCACGCCUGUGCCCGAACAGCACUGGUGCUGAGAUCCGCAGCGUCUGCACCGAAGCGGGGAUGUUCGCCAUAAGAGCCCGGCGAAAAAUUGCCACAGAGAAGGACUUCUUGGAAGCUGUGAAUAAGGUCAUCAAAUCAUAUGCCAAAUUCAGCGCGACACCUCGCUACAUGACAUACAACUGACUUUCAGGCCAAAGGUGGGCUUUGUGGAUUGGAUUAAUGGUGGGAAUCUUAAAAAAAAAAAAAAAUAGAACUCCCAAUUUCUUGUGGUCACAUUUUAACCAUUAGGGGUUGGGGUAAUAAAAUGAGACUUUUGUGGCAC